CUCCUAGCUGCAGCAGGGGAGAGCAUCGCUCCGUUCCCAGUGACCAGGAGAGCAGAGACAGAGAAGCCACGCCAACCAGGGCUGUAGAUUUUAUCAGAAGCACAACCGCUGCCGAUUCAAGCAAGGGGGAACUCCAGAAGCAGGCGCCAUUGAGUUAAAGCUUCUGCCUGGCUACCCAGUUUAGCUAUGAGCCAGAUGGAAGCCCUAGUGGGAAACCCCGCCCCCACCGCGGGGCCCGAGAUCCAGACCAAUAGCACGGAGGUGGCAGGACCUGGCGGCACGGGUCGCAAAGAUGAAGCCUUCUCCAAACUCAAAGACAAGUUCAUGAACGAGCUCAACAAAAUUCCUCUGCCGUCGUGGGCCAUCGUGGCCAUUGCGUUCGUGGCGGUCGUGCUGGUUGUGUCCUGCUGCUUCUGUAUCUGCAAAAAAUGGAUAUUCAAGAAGAAGAACAAGAAAAAGUGCAAAGACAAGGGCAAGAAUGCUAUUAACAUGAAGGACGUGAUAGAGGGGGCCAAAACCGAGGCCCUGAAGGAUGAGGAUGAAGUGGAAACAGGGCUGACGGAGUCUGAGAAGGAGAGCGAGCCCAAGGAGCAAGAGAAACUGGGCAAAUUACAAUACUCCCUGGAUUACAAUUUCACAGAGAAUAUGCUCAUAGUUGGGAUCAUCCAGGCAGCCGAGUUGCCUGCCAUGGACAUGGGUGGCACGUCCGACCCUUAUGUGAAGGUCUACCUGCUGCCUGACAAAAAGAAGAAGUUCGAGACCAAGGUGCACAGGAAGACCCUAAACCCGACGUUCAACGAGCAGUUCACCUUUAAGGUUCCUUACACAGAGCUGGGAGGGAAGACCCUGGUGAUGACGAUGUAUGACUUCGACCGCUUUUCCAAACAUGACGCCAUUGGUGAUGUCAAGGUGCCCAUGAACAAGGUGGACUUCAGCCAUGUUACUGAGGAGUGGCGAGAUUUGCAGAGUGCUGAGAAAGAAGAACAAGAGAAGCUUGGGGACAUUUGUUUUUCCCUGCGUUAUGUGCCCACUGCUGGCAAGCUGACCGUUGUCAUUCUGGAAGCCAAAAACCUGAAGAAGAUGGAUGUGGGCGGUCUGUCAGAUCCUUAUGCGAAAAUUCACCUGAUGCAGAAUGGAAAGCGUCUGAAGAAGAAAAAGACGACAAUCAAAAAGAAUACCCUAAACCCCUACUACAACGAGUCCUUUAGCUUUGAAGUGCCAUUUGAACAAAUCCAGAAAGUUCAAAUUGUUAUAACUGUUCUGGACUAUGACAAGAUCGGCAAGAAUGAUGCCAUUGGUAAGGUAUUCGUAGUCAACAGCACGGGCACCGAGCUCCGCCAUUGGUCGGAUAUGCUAGCCAACCCACGGAGACUCGCCCAAUGGCACGUGCUGAAGCCAGAGGAAGAAGUGGACGCCCAGCUGACCAUCAAGAAAUAGAGCCCCGCCCCCUAGCCCAGUCCCAUAGAGCCCCGCCCCCUAGCCCUGCUGAUGUAGUGCUACCUUACCAGUGCGUGUACAUACCUCAGUGAUAUAUGAAUCCUUUACAUCCUUUUAUUCUCUUCUCAUCUGACAAAGAAACGCCUUCUUUUAUAAUAGCUAUUGGUACUUUGACCACCCGCCCCAUGCACACAAACAUACAUAUCGAGAGUUGUGUUUCUGUGUUUGUCUGUUCCCUUCCUUGGCCAAAUAAAUUGUCUCUCUUACUGUAUGUCCUCCAUCACCAUUACUCCCUAACCAAAUGCCCCCUUCUUUUAAGCAAUAUGAUCUGUGUAGAUAGCGCAUGAAUGGAAAAGUAUACCACAGGUGUAUAUAUCAGUAUGCAGACAAAAAUGAUUUCUAGUUUGUGUUUGUAUCUGUGUAUAUCUUGAUGUUUUUAAUAAGAUGUUCUAUUUUAAAUUAUGUAAAUGCAGAUAUAGGAGAGCCAAUAUUAUAUAUAACAGGAUUUAAGAAAUCUACCUUACUGCAUUCCAGUAAAACUAUAUAUAUAUAUAAAGAAUUCCAACCUGCAAGAUGCGAGUUGAACGGUAAUCACAUCUCAAAGGACAAUUGUAGGCUUUACCUUUAUCUAAAAAAACCAUUGUUGACAAGAAAACACUGACAAACCCAUAUGACGAUUGAAUAUAUUGCAAUAUAUUGUCAAUAUAUUCCCAAACAGAAUUAGAAUAUAUGUUCUGUAUAAUGGUAUAUUCCAUUUCUGUAUGGGAAUAGAAGCCAUUAACUGCUCAUGGCUCCAUGGCCCUCCAUCUGCAGCAGGACAAGCACAUUAUUUCAUAAAGACUUUUUUGUACUAAUUUGACAAGCUGAUCUGUGCAUUUUGGCUUGAACCACAAUACCCAGAUGAACUUUUACUUGAUGCAAAACAAGCCAGCCUCUCUUUCUUCUCUUCUCAGCCCAACAGAAGUUCACACACACACACACACACACACACACACACACACACACACACACACACACACACACACAAAAUCUCAAACACACCACUUUUAUAUUGCUGCCCCAUAGUAAGACGUCACAAGCUGUAGCCUAUUUCAUCCUUGAAGUUCGAUUAACUGCUUGAGCUUUUGUUAACUGUUUAUUUUCAAGAGCCUUUUUACUGACACUUUUUUAUUUCUGGAUUUAAGAUUAGUCUUCAGAAUGGAGCCAUAUGUUUGGCUUCAGCUUUAGUUUGAGUUUUUUUAUUUGUUUGUUUGUUUUUAGAUUAAGUCAAUGUUGGAAUAUUUUUGGUAACUGCAUGAUUUUUUAAAAGUAAGUUUUUGCUAAAAGCUUGAGUAUGGGGACAGUCUAGUUUACACCAGGGGGGAGGGUGUCUAUCUUUGCCUUCUGUCAGAUCUGAAAGUCAAAAUGACUCAACCGUCACAGUUCAAGUCUAACUCUGAUGCUGGCUAAUGCACGACACAAAAGAGAGAAAAGUUUUUAACACACUGCCAUUUUUUUCAGGAGAUAGGAAAUGUAUAUUAGUCUCUCCUCAUGCACACUCCACUUAGAAAGUGGUUGUAGCUUUUGGCUAAUAGGGAACAAACAUCCUUUGGCCACAGUGGUGCCCUAAACAGCAGUCUUUGCUUUUCUGUUGCCUUCUUGCAGUGACAAUAGUGCUAGUCAUGCUUUAAACUGCCAGUGUUCGUUCUUCGCCGUGGCUACUGUUUUGCACUGUACUUUGGAACAAUGACGGCUUUUAACAAUUACCCUUUCAGUGGCAUUGUUUCUUCAGGAAACACCAGGUCCAGGACAGGAACUACAACUAUGUGCUCUGCACACACUGUCCAGUGAAAGGCCACCACAGUUUAAACUGUCCAAUUAAAGGCCAGCAGAACCUGCAGUGAUGGUGCGGAUUUUGGCUAUGUUUAAGCAACUUCAGCAGUAACAUAAAAGGUUUCAUGGUCUGCACAGGGGAUUACAUUAGUUGUCCUUUAGUACAGGUCUGGCAGGAGGGUGAGAAAUUCCCUGGCCAUUAAGACCAUGACUCUUAUCUUGGCGCAACCCUCUUGCGCAUGCUAGAUGCUUCAGGAGGAGCUUCUAAAUGUUUUUCAAUGUUAUUGUGUAGGUGAUUUGCACUGUUAUUAAAAAGAAAAGAAAAAAAGUUAUUUGUCAUUCCAUAGAAGUCUCUGAGGACUGCUUUGUGUAUCACUGUGACUGCCGUGUGUGCUUAGAGAUGUAGAAUUAUUAGUAGGUAGCAACCAGUUCGCUCUGUAGUGGUGUCGUGCAGUCAUUUCUCUGCUACAUAGAUGAACAGAGAGGGGAAGAAAGAGAGAGUUUGUUUGUGUGUGUAUAGAUGAGGCAGAGAAGAAGAGAAAGUGUGUGUACAGUGUCAUCAGUUCCUGCUGAACGUUUGGCCAACGGAGCGAAUCUCAAGUGAUGCAGGAAAAAUUGGGGUGUGUCUGAGUCGAUUCGCACAGCGUUUUGUUUGAGCACUGGUGCAAUACUUCUGUGUUCAUCCCCAUAGUGUUUGAAGUAUUUAAAUAAUGAGUAAAACACAGAGGUCUCUUCCUCUGCCAUGAUGUGGUUAGGACACAGCACCCUGUAUAUUCUAUGUACUGUUCAGCUCAACAUCUACAAACCUGGUAAGACUUCCUCUCUUUUCCUCUCAAACUUUCAUUUAACUACACACAGAUUCAGC